AUGGAACCCAUCAACGAAUCCGUGGAAUCCGUGCAGAGCAAACUGCUAUUUGCUGUAGACGGUUCCUCCCUGCCAGUCAUGGCUAACGGCCAGCAGGGGGGACAUGACAAUCGACGGCAGCCCCGCCAGGAUCCUUCAGGGACAAUGUUGUCUUCCAAGGACAGCAGUGACCUCUCAACGCCUAACGGCCGAACGGCUGCAAGCGAUCUCACUGCCAUAGGCUCAUGCCCAAUUUUUACGACGCGCCUGCUCCAGCUAGAGAAGCGACUGCAUUCCUUGGAAGACCAGUGGGGCUCUCUGUCCGCCAUCAGACCUUCAUUGCUGCGCAAAAUCGCCGAGCAGCAAUACGUGCUUGAGGCGGUUCUCAGUUGGUCCGGCAACGACACGGUCCCCGGUCGCCUUCCUAAAGCGCUCCUCAGUCGCGUGCCGCUGUGCAUGUGUCCUUCUGCUCCAGCAAGUAUUGCACUUUGCCGAAAUUUACUGUCACCCUGCGAUAACCUGGAGCCAGAAGAGGCGGCGAACGAUGGCCGACGUUGCGAUGCCAAGUGUCCGAAUGGCGUCAGACCGCAAUUAAUUCGGUUUCAUUUGCUACCAGGGGAACAAAAGCAGCGGGGCCGUCAUCCGGCCGUCCAAUUCCAGUUUGUCACCGUCAACUUUCCACAGGAAGCAGCCACUUGGGUUUCCUCAGACGUCGCCCUCCACCUCAGCUGGCAUUUGCCUUGCCCUCUUGACAUGUCUGAGGGGGACGCGAGGAUCGCGCGCUUCGCGUUUCACGUCGUUUUCCUCACCUCCUCCGUUUUCGCUGCGCCACGAUGA